UGCGACACAAAUAAAUUAUCAUAGUCAAGUGACUCACUGCGUGAACUCGAGAUUGCAUUCAAAUUGUGAAUAGCUUUCUCAUAAACUUAGGCAGUUUCAAGUAAUAAUCUAAAGUGUCAACAUGUCGCUGGUAUCUGACGAAGAGUGGGCGGAUUAUAAGAUCAAAUUUGAAAAGAAAUACGACGGAGAAGAGGACACGAAACGACGUCAAAUUUAUGAGAAAUCUAAGGCAAAAAUUGAGGACCACAACAAGAAAUUUGAAAAGGGCGAAGUAACUUGGAAAAUGGGCAUUAAUCACUUAGCGGACUUGACCGAAGAUGAGUUUGCUUCGCGUUGCGGCAGCAGAAAGCCGCCGCAGUAACAUUUGAAUCUCCUUAAUCCUAUUCUCCGUUAUGUGAAUAUGAAUCUCUAAUGUUUUCUAUUAUUAAAUACAAAUAAGUAAAAAGAAACGUGAUGUCUUUGUUCGUCUCGAUUUUGAAAUUAAAAUACUUAUCAACAAGUUAAA